AUGCGUCUGCACCUUUUCGCACUCGUGUUUUGCACUGUGACUCUCACUCGCAAUACGGAUUCCUCGAGGGUACGUGGUUUGUCGGUGGCAGAAACCAACCUUUCAAUCAGCGGUCUAUCUGCUGACGAUCGCCACGAUGGCGACCCUGUCAAGCGGCCAUUGGGGAGGCUACAUGGAACCAUGCCUGCAGAAGAGAGAGCGCCACCUCCAGUGCUUGGAACGGAUGAAAAAGUGAUAAAGACGGCAGCUGCGGCGCUGGUGGUCACCUUGCACUCCCAUGAUGUAGGUACGAACGCACUGACCAAAUCUGUCAGGACACAGUUGGAGUCUAUCGAUAUGGAUACGAUGGAGCUUCAUCUCAAGAGGUUAUGCGGAGGACAUGAAGUGAAGCAUCCUGCAACUUCAGUGGGGGUCCAUGAAUACGGACAGCUCUAUGAGCGAAUGAUAACCGAGAGUGAGCACACAAGAAACCAGGUUCUUGCAUCUGUUUAUUCAUCGUUAAAAAUUCACCAGCUGGAGAUAGCCAAGGAUAUGGAGGCAAAGCGAGAGGAGUGGGUACAAGCCAAAGUGCAUCCUGACGACGUCUUCACGGAGUUGUCGAUUGCAGGGGAUGUGGGUAGCGAUGGCAUUUUGAUCAACCCUUUUGCAUCCCCAAACCUCGAGGUGCUGAAGGCGUAUAUCUUGCUGUACAACGGGAAGAUAAAUACCCAUGUCACGUUGCUAGACACGUUCAUCAAAGGCUUCGGAGGUGAGGACAAACUCGCAGCUGUAUUGUGGACUGCAAAGGUCAGUCCAUUCUAUCGGGUCGCAGCGCAGGACAUGCAAGGGGAACUGUUGCACAAGCUGCUGGAGAGUGGUAUGAAGACCGAUGACGUUGGGAUGUCAGCAAAGACAAAGCGUGUGUUGGCGUACCAACAAAUGGGAAUGGUCACCGGAUCUGCCCUACUGCUGGAAAUCAGCCGUCUUGGAGAAACCUACAUCUGCGACAGCUUGAUAAAGAGACCCGGCCACCAUGAUUUUGCAAUGCUGCUUGGAUACGCGAGGCUGGUAAACAUGCCUCUCAUAGAUGAGUUGGAGAAAGAGCUGUUUAGCAGGUGGGUGAUGCAAGGUGUGAGGCCCAUUGCUCCCGGACCGGUUAAAGCUGGCGCCAGUCUUGCUGAGGAGAUUGAGGCCUCGAUGAUAGAAAGGUACGUCACGUUUCACGAUAAGAAUGUGGCUCUCUUGCGUCCGGCAGCUCUUCACGGCUUUUUCCCUCAUCCGUCACGUGCAAACCAGAGAUAG